GGAGGAGGAGGAGGAGGAGGAAGGCUCAGUCCCUUAUUGGCAAUAAUUAGGCUAGCAAAACAGAAACAAGAGCAGAGAGAGGAAGAGGAGGGAGGGAGGAAGGAAGGAACCAAAGAAGACCCCAAGCUUAGAGACUUCGUCUCUCUUUCUCUCUCUUAUUUUCUCUUCCUGCUCCUGCCAGGAGUUUUAUUUCUAAAUUUUUCAUGCUAUUCCCAGAAGAGGCUUAAGUCCAAAGAGACCGGCGUGAAGAUGCGAGCGCAAAUAGAAGUGAUCCCCUGUAAGAUCUGCGGGGACAAGUCUUCAGGAAUACACUACGGUGUCAUCACAUGUGAAGGAUGCAAAGGAUUCUUCCGCAGAAGCCAACAAAACAACGCCACCUAUUCUUGCUCGCGACAGAGGAACUGCCUCAUUGACCGAACCAACCGGAACCGGUGUCAGCAUUGCCGCUUGCAGAAAUGCCUGGCCUUGGGCAUGUCCCGUGACGCGGUGAAGUUCGGACGUAUGUCUAAGAAGCAGCGGGACAGCCUAUACGCUGAGGUCCAAAAACACCAACAGAGCCAGGAGCAGGGCGGCGGGACGAAGGACGACCCGGAGACUUUGUCACGGGUGUACACCACCAGCAUGAGCAGCGGACUCUCCGACCUCGACGACAUCUCCAUGUUGUCGGACGGCUUCCUCUUCGACUUCCCCUUGACCCCCGACGGGAACAGCACCUACUACAACCUUGACCUCUUGACCUCGGCCCAGCCGUCACCCGACCAGUCCAGCAUUGACGUCAGUGACGCCAAGUUCAUUAAACAAGAAUCCAUCUAUGACCUCAUGCUGGAACCCGGGCUCUUUCCUCAUGGCCCACUGGAGAGCAGCCCCUUGGCCUCGGACAUUUCAAUGAUGGAGAUUGAACACCUUGCACAGAAUGUGGUCAAAUCGCACCUGGAGACCUCACAAUACACUAGCGAGGAGCUGAAGAGGCUAGCCUGGACACUUUACUCGCAGGACGAGAUCAGGAGUAUGCAGGGCAAGAGUUGUGAGGCCAUGUGGCAGCUUUGCGCCCUGCAGAUCUCCAACGCCAUCCAGUACGUCGUCGAAUUCGCCAAACGCAUCGAUGGCUUCAUGGAGCUGUGUCAGAAUGACCAAAUCAUUCUCCUCAAAGCAGGUUGUCUGGAGGUGCUCCUUAUCCGGAUGAUUCGAGCCUUCAACCCGUCAAACAACACUGUGCUCUUUGAGGGGAAAUACGGCGGAAUGCAGAUGUUCAAGUCUCUCGGUUGUGACGACCUCGUCAACUCCGUCUUCGAGCUAGGAAGGAACCUUUGCCGGCUGCAGCUCUCGGACGAGGAGGUGGCGCUCUUCACCGCGGCUGUCUUACUCUCGCCAGAUCGCCCCUGGCUGUCGGAGUCCAAGAAGGUCCAGAACCUCCAGGAUAAGGUCUACUUGGCUCUGCAGCAUGAGAUCCAGAAGAAAAACUCCAGCGAAGACAGACUCUCAAAGAUGGUCUCCAAACUGCCCCUGAUGAAGACAAUCUGCAACCUGCACCUGGAUAAGUUGGAGUUUUUCCGCCUGGUCCACCCCGAGACUGCCACGAACUUCCCUCCCCUUUACAAGGAGGUCUUCAACUCAGAGCUGCACUACAGCGAACCCCGGGAAAGUUAAGUGGCUUGCAGGAGGAGCGUUGGUUACCUGUGGCACAGUUCUGGAGACAGGCCGAAACUUUAGAGUCUGGUGGAAGGGAGGAAAAGCAAAGACCCCGAGAGGUUUUCUGUAGACCAACUGACUAAACGGAAGACCUUUGGGGCUGGGUUCGAUUUCCCUCCUCAUCUCACUGUGGUCUGCUAUCACUAUUGAAUGUAGUUGCACCUUGAAGGACCCACAGUACUGACUUGUUUGCCAUUCUGGCAAAAUGAAUGUGAAAUGCCGUUCAGUUGAGACGUGACUCCGGCAGUCACCUGGUCGCAUCUCCUGCCCUGUGUCGUGCACCCAGUCCGCUGACGCACGCACCUUCCUGCCACCCCCUAGAGCACACCCUCCAACGCCCACGGAGACGACGGCUGGCCGGCGCCCACCCACAGUCAACUGUUUAUGUCCACCUUGUUUGAUGUGAUUUGUAUCGUUGCGUUGCUGUUACGGUUGGCUUCCACGGUGCAGCAGACAUAUGGGAUGGGGAAUGGAUUCUCAAAUGGCGGAAUGGAAAUGGAGCAAUACGGACUUAUUUGUUUUGUGCAAAUAGAUAGGGCGGCUGAGAAUCCAAGCCAGAAGGGCCAGGCCCUCCAGUAUCAAUAGGGGAGGAGAUGCUGGACAGGGUCUCCAAUACAUUCCUUUAUUCAGACCAACACUCCCCACGGGAGUCUAUGUGCAGAUGCUGCUGCUGCUGCACUGAGUCAGACCCUUGGUCCAUUCAGCCCAGUAUUGUCUACUCUGACUGGUAGUGGCUCUCUAAGGUUUUUGGGCAGAGGCUUUUCUCAGCCCUGCGACCUGAAAUCCUUUAGUUAGAGAUGCCACGGAUUCUGCCUGAGACUUUUAGCUUGCAAAGCAAAUGGUCUACCACUUAACUAUACCCCCCUCUCUAAGUUGAGCAAAGCAUCUCCGUACAGGCAGUGGAACAGGGGAGUGGAUUCAGGUGAUAACAUCCAUCAGUUCCAGCAGGGGUCAGUUGCAAUCCCACAGAUGUAGAUUUCUCUGCAGGGUUUCACGGAACCUGGAUUCCCAAGACUCUCUUCAUUUUAACGAGACUGAACGGCCCUGCAGCUGGCAAAAGGCUGUCGAGUUCAGGCCACGGAUGGGUGGGGGCUGAGUCUUAGCUUCCUGGUUCUUAAAAAAACAAAAAGGUGGUCACUGUCUCGGGUGCUUUUUCUCAAAGACAAAAUGGCCCGCCUUUGCAAAUUCAGCGGCAAUUGAAAGGCAGCGGCAGAGUGAAAUUGACACACCCCGUGGGGGAAAUCAGCUAAGCCGUGGUGCUCUUGUAACAACUAAAGGUGUCAGAAAGCUGCGGGUUCUAAAUGGCACGUCUGGUCCUUAAAAACAAGCACAUCACCAGCAAGCUCUUGCUCCUUAGGCAAGUUACUUCCCCACUGCGCCACAAAGUAGCCCCUCUUAAAUUAAUCAAGACAACUUGGGCAGGGGGGCGGGCCAUAUCUGCUUAAUAUAGUGAAUUAUGGGGUUGUGGAGCUUCCUGCAAAAUGUGGCAGAAGAUUUCAGAGGGGUUUGCUGAUCUUUGCUUCCAGAAAAGACAGCUACGCCGGAAGCACUGCUGUGGUUGCUUUAGACAGGACCUAAUUUUCCUGCUCUGUAACACCAGUCUGGGAAUUCACGAUAUCCAUGUGGAGUACCACGGGGGUGAGGAGGUGGGCUGAACAUCGGGCGUUUAUGCCAGAAAAUGGCUUGUUUCCUGGCAUUUAUCAGUGACCUUGGCCCUUUGACUUCCCCAGUCACAAAGUGGCAUGGCACAGAAAGGCAGUAUUGCCAUUUUUCAUUGACGCCCAGCUGUGCCUUUCAAAUUAAAAAAAGCCAAUAAUAUUUUCAAGGUGUACCAAACUGGGUGUCUUAUUCCCGGUAAGCCUGGGAGGCAGAGGAAAGGAGUCAUUGUCUGCAUCUGUGGAGAUUUAGAUCCUGAACACUCUAGAGGUGGAUGCAACUGAACUUUUUAUGGGGGGGAGGAAAAUACCACUGUGACCCACCCCCACCCCCAAUAAAGAUGACUACUGAUGUCGUCAGGAUGAGAAUGCAGAUGGAGGGGUGAGCAUUGCUGGUGGUCUCAUUUGAAGGAAAGGAAGCACUUUACAUCAAGAAAGACUGCUUGUCUGCUGCAUUAGGACCUGUUAUCACUACAGACUUAACACUCCUAUGCUUUGUUUGUUUGUUUGUUUGUUUGUUUAAAAGCACUUUACUGAUCUGGUAUUUGGGGUCCAAUAGACCCCGGGUUAUUCAUCGCUUAAAAACACACCGGUGAGAUGCAUUUGACAAUCCCCAGUUACGUGUGUGUAUAUACUGGAUUUAUAUUAAGGAUUAUUGUUUAUGGUACAAGGGAUAUAACAACUAUAUAGGGACGUUAUCUGGGGUCUUUAAUGACCCCGGUGUUAAUCCCUGUGGGGGUCACAGAUCCUUGAAACGUUGUUCAUGCACUUUUCCCCUUCAGCUUCAAACCUCCUGGAAGGAUGGGUAAAGUCAACAAUGAUUGCCACCCGUUGAUCUUAACUGCUGUAUCAGAAUAAGCUAGCUAUUAGCCACAUUCAGGUGUGAUGCAAAACCCUGGUUUGCGUGGACUGUACUUAAGAACCCAACCAUGGUUUGAGCUCCCAGAUGUACAACAGGCAAACCAGGGUUUAGAACUGCUUGCCUGCUUUUGUUUCCCAUUUGCUCAGGCACCUCCUGGUGCAAUGCCAUGGCUUUCUGGAGGUGGAGCCCUAAAUGUGGGUUAAGAGAUCCUUACAGCCAACCCCACCUAGCACAAAUUGUGGUUUGCAAGCCAGCUUCAAACUGGUUUCAGAUCCAAACCAGGUAAUGGUUUGUGGGUAGGUUUCAUUUCAAACAUUAAAACAAACCAUGGUUUUGCUUUAUGUCUGACAUCAUGGUGUUAAAUGAGGGAUUUUAUUUUGUCUGUGGCCAUUUAGAACCCCAAACCAUUUCCACCAGUUCACUCCCAUGACAAUGUAACUGACCAUAGUGCCCUUUUAAUUUGAUUCUCAUUUUUUAAAAAAAGGAUUCUAAAGCAUUAGGGCAUUGGUGCUGAAAAACACCACUAAACCAUACAACUCUUUCUUGUAAGGGAAUACAAGCAGCACAAAGUUGCAGAAGUUAAAUAAAAAUAUUUUACCCCAGAUGUGUAGAAUGGUUAAAUUGGUUUAACAGUCCAUUUACUGACUUUCACUCCAAGGAACCCUGGUAACUGUAAUUUGGGGAAGGAAAUUCAGGGAUCUAACAGAGAACAGUCAAUUUACCUCACUGGACAAGAGUUCCCAGGGUUUUUCUGGGGGAGGCCAGGACAGUUUAAACCAGUAUUAAAUUGACAUGAGUUUGUUGCAGUAGAGAGAUUCCCUUAGAGUUUCAAGAAUCUGGAAACUGAAUACAGCAGUCUGAUUUUGAGCAAUAAGGCGAUGAAAAAGAAAGGGAAGGAUGAAGCCUAUUGGGUACUCUGGACUCCCAUCCUUGAGCCUAGUACCCACGGAGUUCAGCAUUCCAAAGUUCAAUCUGUAGAAAACAAAACAAAUCCAAGCUUCUAGUCCUCAUGACUCAAAGGAUACACUUUAAAAUGUGCUGCCAAGAUUAGAAGAAACAAGGCACUGUGAGGAAUGAAUACAAUCUCCAGUGGUCGGGCCAUGAGAUUUCAGGAGUCCACAGGGAGAAAGGAAGCAAUGAAACCAAACAGUACGAGACCAUUCUUUCCUGAGUGAGGACCUAAUAUAUAGCUCUAUAUAAAU